UGAAAAAACACAUAAUUAUUGUUUGAAUGACUUUAAGGGAGUGUUUGCAACAAAUGUCUAAUAUAUUGAUCACUGAUAUAGUCAUCAAAAAUCGGUAUCAAAAACAACACAUUUGUCUUAUAAUUGAGAUAUUAAUAGCAAAAAAUCGAUAAUGUCGGCCACAUUGCGUCCAUACCUGUUGGCAGUUCGGCGGACACUGGAAGCGGCCAUAUGUUUGGUUGACUUUAACUCACAAGUGGUUGAGAGACACAAUAAACCAGAGAUUGAAGUGAAGAGCAGUAAAGAACUGAUACUCAAUUCAGUGGUGAUAUCUCGUAAUGAAAAGGAAAAAGUGUUGAUUGAGUCGAGUAUUAAUUCGGUGAGGAUUUCCAUUUGCAUCAAACAGGCCGAUGAUAUCGAAAGGAUUUUGUGCCAUAAGUUCACCCGUUUUAUGGCAAUGAGAGCCGACUCGUUCGUCAUUUUACGCCGAAAACCGGUGGUCUCUACCGAUACUUUGAAGAAGCCGUUUGUAGUGAAUAAUAGCACAGGAAAUGGUGACUCGGGUCCAGAAACUGGUUAUGAUAUCUCAUUUUUGAUCACCAAUUUCCACACAGAAUCGAUGUUUAGAUAUAAAAUAAUUGAUUUUAUUAUACAUUUUAUGGAAGAGAUUGAUAAAGAGAUUAACGAAAUGAAGUUAGCAAUCAAUGCCAGAGCGAGAAUCACUGCCGAAGAGUUUCUUAAGAAAUUUUAAUCACUGACCGCUUAACUGACUUAACAUAC